UUGACGUUGCAUGCAGUUUAGCGAACAUUCGACUUACGGACGUGUUUACAGGAGGAAUGAAGUGAAGUGAAACCACAUGUCAAAACAUGGAUAAGGACAAGAGUAACUCUGUCCCCAGUGGUCAAAUCUAUGCACUGGUACCUCAGAAGCCGAAAAGUACAUGGCAGAAAAGUUGCAAAGGCAUAGUUGCAGGAGGAAUCACAGGAGGAAUAGAGAUCUGUAUCACAUUUCCGACAGAGUAUGUCAAGACACAGCUACAACUGGACGAGCGGUCAGGGGCAUCAAAGCGUUACCGGGGACCGGUCGACUGUGUAAAAGUCACAGUCAAAGAACGUGGUGUACUGGGAUUAUACAGAGGGCUUAGUGUGCUGCUGGCAGGCUCUAUACCAAAGUCUGCUGUAAGGUUUGGUGCUUUUGAACAAUUUAAAAGUAUGAAUGUAGAUGAGAAAGGAAAUUUGGCCCCUGCCAAGAGAGCCAUGUGUGGAAUGGGUGCUGGUGUGUGCGAGGCCAUCCUGGCUGUGACCCCUAUGGAGACACUCAAGGUCAAAUUCAUUAACGACCACACGUCAGCAAACCCUCAAUUCAAAGGUUUCUUCCAUGGCAGUAAUCAGAUCAUCAGGACGUACGGUUUUUUCUCGCUGUGGCAAGGCCUGACUCCCACCAUUAUUAAACAGGGCAGUAACCAGGCGAUUCGCUUCUUUGUCAUGGAGACGCUAAAGAACUGGUACCGCGGCGGAGACCCGAAUGUUAAAGUUCCCACCCUAGUCGUAGGGGCAUUCGGUGCUUUCGCUGGGGCAGCCUCUGUAUUUGGAAAUACACCUGUUGAUGUUAUCAAAACUAGAUUACAGGGCCUUGAUGCUCACAAGUACAAGAACACAUGGGAUUGUGCUGUCAAGAUAUACAAACACGAGGGACCAAGAGCAUUUUACAAAGGGACCAUUCCAAGACUGAGCAGAGUGUGUCUAGACGUGGCCAUCACAUUUAUGAUCUACGACUCAUUUAUGGAAGCCUUCAAUAAAAUCUGGAAGACAGACUGAUGUAGUGGAAAUACCACACUGAAAGAACAGGAAUCAGCACCACUAGGCCGUGUCACACAUCUAGUAUAGGGCUAGAUUGUAUAGCAUUCUAUUGGGUCUUAUACCUCCUGUCAUGAAUAUUAAUGAGCUGUGAAUUUGUGAUGUAUGCAGAUAUUAUAUAUAUAUAUAUAUAUAUAUAUAGG